AAUAGUGAUUUGCAUUUUUUUUCCAGCCUAGACUCUUUGUCCAAUCAGAGGCAGAGAUUGCUGUAGGCAUGAGCAAGCAGGAUAUGGCUGAUGAAGCUCUUUUCUUGCUCCUGCACAAUGAGAUUAUAUCCUGCGUGUAUAAAGCAGGUGACCAGGGGGAUGCGGAAAAUGGAAAGUGUAUUACUAAACUGGAGAACAUGGGAUUUCGUGUUGGACAAGGUUUAAUAGAGAGAUUUACCAAGGACACAGCAAGAUUUAAAGAUGAACUAGACAUAAUGAAAUUUGUCUGCAAAGAUUUUUGGACAUCUGUGUUUAAGAAGCAGAUUGACAAUCUCCGGACCAAUCAUCAGGGCAUUUAUGUGCUUCAGGAUAAUAAAUUCAGACUUAUAACCCAGAUGUCUGCAGGAAAACAGUAUCUGGAACAUGCACCAAAGCAAAGCACAAUUGGCAUCCUCUCCACCUCGCAUCUUUCUCAGAAGCCAAUGUCCAGAUGGCAAAUCAGACUACGCCAUGAAAAUCCUUAUCUGGCAUUAACCUGUGGUUUAAUCAGAGGAGGAUUGUCUAACUUGGGAAUAAAGAGUAUUGUCACAGCAGAAGUCUCCGUAAUGCCUGCAUGCAAAUUCCAAGUGAUGAUUCAGAAGCUGUAGCACAAGUCUGAGAAGCACUAUUGAAAAACAAAACAAUGUACAAAUUGACACUUGUCAAAUAUCAAGGAGCCAGUCUUAUGUAUUUAUUUUUUAUUUCCGUUUUUAAGUUCACCACUUACCUGACAUUCUCAUUUAUUAAUGUCACUAUUUAUUGUAUACUUUGGUUAGUGGCUUUAUCGUCACAGCUGGUAUUACUCGGUAUUGGCCAGUAAGGCACUGCUGUGGAAAAAAUGAAGCACACUAAAGUAUCUUACAUGAAAACAGAUAUAGUAAUACUAACCUUAUGUCACAUGGACAGAUGAUGGGCAAAUGACCAGUCACCAGUACUAAUUUCGUGAGCAGUUUGACAGUAUAUCGGUAGGGCCCAUUUUACUUGGAAGUUUACAUAACUAGUUAUCAGGGCAUAACCCUGACUUCUAGACAUAUUAGGAAUAAAUCUCUUUUAAAUGUGGUAAAAUACCUCAGAAUAUUUAUAUAUAUUUAUUAAUUAAAAUGUAUGCAACUAUUGGCUGACAUAAGAAGACACUAUAUUUUAUAGUUUACAGAUAUAAAUGUACUAAUGCUGUUAAGACUAUUUCCACUCAAUGUCAAACCUUCUAUUCCCAUAAAUUCCAACAUUUUAUAAUGAAAAACGGGGGCAAAUAAAGUCACAGCCUACCAUGCCCAGUUGCAUAGACAUGCUUUAACCUAUUAAAACUCUAGCCAACUUUCUAGUUGGCUAACCUCUAAUUCAGGACUGUCCUACUUAAAUAGGAACAAUUGAAUGAUUUGUAUGAUUGGUAAUGGUCUGUAAUUUGAAAGGGAGUGGAAAGUGCUUCAUAUAAUUGUGUAUAUAUAGAUUGAGAGAAAGUAGUCCUAUAGCAGGGCAGCUGAGGUUGAAGAAAAUUAAGGAUAGGGCGACAUUUAGGGCUUUUGUCUCUUGUGGGGUUAAGAUGUCUAUAGUUUUACUAGGAAGCUUGGGGUAGAUUCAGACUGCAUUUUUGCCACUCUUUAUGCACAAAAUAGACCUGGAGGAAACCUGAAACCACCAGCAAUUACAAGAUGCUCUUUGUGGCUGGGUUGCCAAUUGUUUUCACAACUGUGCUUAUUAUAUUUUUUCAAUUUGUGUUCGACGGCUUCGAAAAAUGGGCCACCUAUGAUAAAAGAAUCCUCGUGUUUAUAUGCAUGGGGGUACCAUAGAAUUUUUUUUAUGGUCAAAACUGUCAAAUUCGACUAGGGAGUUAUCCAAACUCGAUUCGAGUUUUUAAAAAAAUUCAAAGCCAAUUUUCGAGAUUUAUCAUACUUUGGCCCUUUAAGGAUUCGCCAUCUACAACCUGCCAAAUUCCUAAGUCUAAGUCAAUAGGAGAGGUGCAGGGAUCAAUUUGGAGAUGUUUCCUUCCUGACAUUCAAGUUUUUU